GUCUGAUUGUCGACCAACUAAAAGGGUUUUAACAAAGAUUAAGGUUGAGCCUUAAACCUAAAUUGUUUGUUUGUUUAUGUUUUUUGGUUUCUGGUUUGGUUUCGGUUUUUUUUAUUUUAAUUGUUGCUGUUGAAUUAAUUUUUGUGUAUCAAUUUGUAGGCUUAAUUAUAGACUAACGAUGACCUCUUCUUCUUUUGCCUCACAGUUUAAUCUUCGAUCCCCAGCAGUUAAAAGGUUAAUGAAAGAAGCUGCUGAAUUAUCAGAGCCUACGGAAAUUUAUUAUGCUCAACCAUUGGAACAUAAUCUGUUUGAAUGGCAUUUUACCGUUCGAGGUCCUGCUGAUAGUGAUUUUGCUGGUGGCUAUUAUCAUGGUCGAGUAAUUUUACCCACUGAAUAUCCAAUGAAACCUCCAAGUAUUAUUCUUUUAACAUCAAAUGGACGAUUUGAGGUAAAUAAAAAGAUUUGUUUAAGCAUUUCUGGUCAUCAUCCAGAAUCCUGGCAACCGUCCUGGUCAAUUCGUACAGCUCUAUUGGCGAUAAUUGGUUUUAUGCCUACAGAGUCACGAGGAGCUAUCGGUGGAUUAGACUAUACACCGGAGAGACGUGAAUUAGCAAUUAAAUCACAAACCUGGUCGUGUCCGUCGUGUGGUGCAAUCAAAAAUCUGCUUAAAAAUUUGAGUGAUGAUUCAGAGGCUGAAUCAUCUAGUGAUAAUCAAGAGGCUAAAGAAUUAGCCAAGCAGAUAAGAUUUAAAGAAAUCGAUCCAACCUUAAAUUCAAAUCAAACAACAGCAAAAAUGGAUGAAGGAUCAACAACAAACCAAGAAAAUACUGACAAAAGGAAUGAUGAUAGUGUUGAAACUCGCCGUCGACGAAUAGGAGUUGUACACCAUGAUAACAAUUCAAGCCCUGAAGGGUCACAACAACAACAACAACAAUUAAAAGCCCAACAGUCAACACCAAAUAUUUCAUCAAAUUCAUCUGUCUAUGAAGCCACUGUCCAGUCAUCAAGGACUCGUUUCUCCACCUACAUUAUGGCGAUACUAAUCUUAGCAAUUGCUUUCCUUUUAUUCAGACGGAUCUUAACUGAUCCCGAAUGAAAACACAGCAAAACCAACACUGAGAUACAUUUACACACACACACAUACACAUUUAUACACACAGAGAAAUAGACAGUGAAUCAGAAAUACACAUCGACCCUCUUAUCCCCCAAAAAAUUACACAUCUACUCAAAUACGAAACAUGUUUACUAAUGAAUUAUUUUUUAAUGUUGUACGAUUUAAAUUUUUCUCAACUUGUUUUGUUUCUCAGAUUGAUAAAUGAAACUAUUACACUUGUCAAACUAAAUGAAAAGAGCGCAAACAAUUAAACAGAAAAUUAUGAUUAUCAACAAUAUGAUUAAUUAAACAUGUUAAAUAUGUAAA